AUGUGGGAGCAAAGGAAGAGAAGCAGAGAUCAAGGUCCAGGUAUAUUCUAUAAGCAGAACGGUUCGAACCACAAGAGCAAUCAGGCCGCCACAAGAGCCAUCAGGCCGCCACAAGAGCCAUCAGGCCGCCACAAGAGCCAUCAGGCCGCCACAAGAGCCAUCAGGCCGCCACAAGAGCCAUCAGGCCGCCACAAGAUCCGUCAGGCCGCCACAAGAGCCAUCAGACCCCCACAAGAGCCAUCAGGCCGCCACAAGAGCCAUCAGGCCGCCACAAGAUCCAUCAGGCCGCCACAAGAGCCAUCAGGCCGCCACAAGAGCCAUCAGGCCGCCACAAGAGCCAUCAGGCCGCCACAAGAGCCAUCAGGCCGCCACAAGAGCCAUCAGGCCGCCACAAGAGCCAUCAGGCCGCCACAAGAGCCAUCAGGCCGCCACAAGAGCCAUCAGGCCGCCACAAGAGCCAUCAGGCCGCCACAAGAGCCAUCAGGCCGCCACAAGAUCCAUCAGGCCGCCACAAGAUCCAUCAGGCCGCCACAAGAGCCAUCAGGCCGCCACAAGAGCCAUCAGGCCGCCACAAGAUCCAUCCGGCCGCCACAAGAGCCAUCAGACCGCCACAAGAGCCAUCAGACCGCCACAAGAGCCACCAGGCCGCCACAAGAGCCAUCAACCAAGAGCCACUAG